AUGUUGUGGAGACGGGAUGUGCUGGUCUUGACCCCAUGGCUGGCUCCAAUUGUCUGGGAAGGCACUUUCAGCAGAGACAUCCUGGACGCUCAAUAUCUGCAGAAGAACCUGGUCACUGGAGUGGUCACUUUUGCUGUUGAAAAAGAUGUCCAGUUCAUAGAAGGGUUCAUGAGCUCUGCCAACAAAUACUUCCUUGCUGGGCACCCCGUGAUCUUCUACCUGUUCACAGACAGUCCCGAGAAGAUCUCCCACCUUCAGAUGGCCCCUGAGAACCACCUGUUGGUCAUCCCUGUGCAGAAGGACCCCAGGUGGCAGGACAUCUCCAGCAGCCGCAUGGACAUCAUCAGCUCCUACAUCCAGAGGCAGUUCCAGCACGAGGUGGACUAUCUGUACUCCAUGGACAUCAACGUCCAGCUCCUGGCACACAUCGGCGUGGAGAUCAUCGAUGCCCUGGUGGCCACCAUCAGCUCCUGGCAGGUCACCCCACAGCAGGACAACAAAGCCUCCGAGACACACCCUGACUCACAAUCUGCCAUCCCUGAGGGACAAGGGGAUUUCUACUACACAGCCAGCUUCUAUGGGGGCAGCGUGUCCGAGGUGUACAAACUGACCCGAGCCUGCUCUGCAGGGCUGCUGCAGGACAGAGAAAAUGGCAUUGAGACCCCCUGGCACCACGAGAGCCACCUCAACAGGUACCUCCUGCAGCACAAGCCCACUCGCCUGCUGUCCCCAGAGUACUACUGGGACACAGAGCUGAGCCCCAGCAGCAUCCAGGUGAAGAGGAUGUGCCCUGUGCGCCAGCACAGCCAGGGGCAAGCUCCUCAAACAAAGAAUGUGAGGCCUUUCUCUUCACAGCCCCACUAA